AUGGAAGGCUUUUUCCAUGCACUAUUUUUUCUCAUCAUUCUACUACAUGUGAUCUCCACCGCCCGGUGCACUGCCGCCGCCGCCGCCGCCGCCGCCGCCGGGAUCAAACAAGCUGCAUCUGACCGCGCCGCCCUCCUCUCCUUCAAGUCCCUCGUCGACGACGCUCCGUUCGGAGCGCUCUCCUCGUGGAACAACGGCUCUCUUCACUACUGCAGGUGGCGCGGUGUCUCCUGCGGCCGCCGCCAUCCCAACCGGGCCACGGCCCUAGACCUCAAGUCUCUCCGCCUAGCCGGUCUCAUAUCGCCCUCCGUAGCCAACCUCACAUUCAUCCAGACGAUCGACCUGUCCGACAACAUGCUAGACGGGAGCAUCCCGGAGGAGCUAGGAAGCCUACGCCGGCUGCGAUAUCUCAACCUGAGUGUGAAUUCUCUUAGCGGAACGAUCCCGUCUUCGCUCGGCAAUUGCUCUAAUCUUCGACUACUCAACUUGAGAGGUGAUAAUCUCAACGGCGAGAUCCCGCCAACUCUAUCACGUCUUUCCGAUCUUCAAGUGCUUCUCCUGAAUCAAAACAUGUUACAAGGGACAAUCCCAGAUUCACUUGGGAAUCUUUCUUCUCUACUCAUUCUUUCUUUAGACGAUAACAGCCUGUCAGGAGCCAUGCCUCCAUCCUUCGGUAGCCUUCUCUCCUUAGAGAGACUUGAAAUCCUAUUCACUAAUCUCACGGGAACCAUUCCGCCCACUCUCACAAAUCUCUCCGCUAUGAACACACUUGCGCUACGAAGAAACAACCUUCACGGUGAAAUUCCUCACUUUACAAAGCUUCCAUUCCUCUCUUACCUGGACUGCGGUUAUAAUCAUCUCUCUGGGACGAUCCCAAUCUCGCUUGGACGACUUUCAUCUCUCGAAUAUCUCCUUCUCGGGAUGAACAACUGA